AUGUUUGGAGCUAAUGGUGAUAACCAGGAGACGGGAGCCGACUCGAUGGCGGGACGCGUAGAAGUCCAAGCCAACCAAGCAGCGCCAUGGAGUGAGCCAGGCCCCUCGACUGCGGAAGGGUCACAUCGGGCAUUGACCCCAAGGGUCAUUGACCAGCGAGAUGAGCGUCAUUUGCGGUCACCGCUGCCCGGUCCUUCGAGGAUAUCUUUCGUGUCGCUUUAUGAUACGCAGGACACGCCUGAUCAGCGUGGGAGUGUUGGCUCGGCGGCGGGACGCGCUAGCGUUCACGCUGAUCAAGCAAUGCCAAGGAGCCCCAUCACGCCUGUUAUGUCAGAGGUAACGCAACACGGUAUAAGCAGCGCGAACAGUCGCCGGGUUGAAUCACAAACACGCACACUACCGAACGAAAAUACCGCGGAACGCAAUUUCACUAACGGUCAUCGGGAUGAGCUGCCGCAUCAGGCGCCAUCGGGCGAGCACCAAGCGUACUUAGCUGCGAUACCGAUGGAGUCGGCCAUUGCAAUCGAACAAGGUUCGAUUUCCCGAAAUGCCGAAUUGGUUCGGAAAAGGAUUGAGGUUGAAAGAAGGCAGAUUGAGUUGAGGAAGAUGGAGAUUGAGUUGAUUGAGCUCGAAGAGGCUGAAAUGAUGGCACUAGGUGGCAGCAUGCGGGACAGUGUUCAGCGGCCUAAAGCCGAGCAGUGGGUAACGGCAACGGAUCGCUUCGGUAUGGCUUCAUCGUUCAGAGGGGUACCUGAGACACCCCAAUUCGCGAGUACAGCCCACGUACCACCGCCGUAUGAUUUUCAGGGUUACUCACGAUUCCCAGACUACUACACUUGGAGGAGAAGUCACGAUAGCGCGUAUCGUAGGGCAUCGGUUAUCCCGCCGGUGGACCACACCAUACCACCACAGCAUCGUACGCGAUCGUAUAGGGCUCCUACCCAGUACGCUAAUGCUAGCAACCUGUCGGAAGUACAGUGGUCGGCCCGACUGAGUGGAAACGUGACUGAGUUACCAACGUUCAGUGGUGAAUCGCGAGAAUGGCCCAUGUUCAUCCGCAUGUUCGAGAAGUCGACGGAAGUGUACGGGUUUACCGACGAGGAGAAUCUGCUACGGCUGCAACGAGUCCUGAAAGGAGAAGCAAUGGAGUCAGUUGGUCAUUUGCUACUGCUUCCAAAUAGUUUGAAGGAUGUCCUUGAAAUGUUAGAAGCGCAGUACGGGCGACCGGACCAAAUAAUAGAGGCCACGAUCGAAAAGAUUUGGAAGAUGCCCGUGCCAAAGCCAGACUGCCUACGUUCUCUGGCUAAGUUCGGGUUUGCAGUGAGAAACCUCUGUGCUACGAUCGAAUCGCUGAGGUUGCCGGAGUACGCCUAUAACGUUGCGCUUCUCAGGGAGCUUGUGAGUAGGCUUCCGUCCGAACCUGCACGUGAAUGGGCGCGACACAAGAGGCAAUUCGGGUGUGGUAGUGUUACCGAUUUUGGCAGAUGGAUCAGUGAAGUGGCACGAGACGCGAUAGAUGUCAGUGUGGAGCCACUGCGCCGUGUUACGAACGAGCGUAAGGAAGAACCCGGCAAGCGUGAGCAGAAUUCUCAGCAACCGCGUCUGCCUGUUCGGGCUGACCGAUCAGGAAAUCAGCCCCCUCGAACAACAUACUGGAACGUGCACACGUCUCGGUGUUCGGAGUCUCUACCGGUUGCUGCGGCCACCACCAAUACAGCGUCACCACAAUGUCAACUGUGUAAAGUAGCAGCUCGAAGGAGCCACGUGAAGGAAAAAGGUCUGUGCAAGAAGUGUCUCGGCAGACAUAGGACCGGCUGCUCGAUUGUAACAGCGUGCGGCGUAAACGGAUGCAACGGAAUGCAUCACGUCCUGUUGCACAUCGCAGCGCCAGAUGAAGAACGCGCUCCAGAGGUUGGUUUGUGCCACACGCAUUCAGGAACCGUAGAUCGCGCUCUUUUAAAAUACGUGCCGAUCAAGGCGUAUGGACCGCGCGGUGAGGUCGAAACAUUUGCCUUUAUGGACGAUGGUUCCUCUUCGACGUUCAUCGAUAGCUCCUUGGUAGAGGAACUGGGGCUAACGGGCACACCUGUGCCGCUUUGUAUCCAGUGGACCGGCGGAGUGACGCGCCAAGAGAACUGUUCCGUGCGCCUUAACCUCGAAGUAUCUGGAAGAAACGGGAGCCGUAAGUACGACCUGAUCAACGCGAGAACGGUAAAAAUGUUGGGGUUACCUACGCAAACGGUGGCGGUUUCUCAGUUGGCUGACCAGUAUUCGCACCUGAGAGGGCUGCCGAUCGCCUCUUACAGCAACGUUCAGCCUCGUAUUCUCAUUGGUGUCGACAAUUGUCGAGUGACCAGACCAUUGAAGACGGCUGAGAGGAGCGAACACGAGCCAGUCGCCUCGAAAACGCGUUUGGGAUGGAUUAUUUACGGCCCGUGUCCGAUAGCGGAGAACGUGCCCGGAGCAGUGUAUAAUAGUUUCCACGUGUGCCUGUGCGACGGAGUGAGUGCGGAGCUGUUGAACACCGAGGUGAAGAAGAUGUUCUCCCUGGACACCAUUGCUGUUGAAAAACCAAUCAGCGUGUGGCGCUCGAAAGAGGACGACAAGGCGAUGGCGAUUCUAGAAAAGGAAACGGUGUUGGUUAGUGAUCAAUAUGAAUCGGGACUGCUGUGGAAAGCGGAAAAUAUUCGACUGCCCUGUAGUAAAGCGAUGGCUUUGAGACGAUACCACUGUCUGAAACGGCGUAUGCAGAAGGAUCCAGUACUGGAUGCAGCGGUACGAGACACGAUACGGAAUUAUGAGAAGAAAGGUAAGAUUCGUUUAGUGUUCGAUGCUGCCGCUACCGUUAACGGUAUCAGCCUUAAUAACAAUCUUCUCACCGGACCGGAUCUUACGGCUAACCUGUUGGAAGUGCUGUUCAAAUUCCGGGAGUUUAGCGUGGCUGUGGUCGGAGACAUCCGCGAGAUGUUUCAUCAAGUGUUGAUAAAGCCGGCCGAUCAGCGAAGCCAGAUGAUAUUCUGGGAAGGAGAUGCUGCCAGUGACGAACCCGUCACGUAUGCUGUUGCAGUGAUGACCUUCGGAGCCGCCUGUUCACCGAGCACCGCGCAGUACGUGAAGAAUCACAACGCAGAGCGGUUCGAGUCGGAGUAUCCACGAGCGGUGGAGUGUAUCAGAAACGAACACUACGUCGACGAUAUGCUGUUCAGUGUCGAAACGGAACAGGAAGCGAUUUCUCUGGCGGAACAGGUGCGAUACAUACAUUCUCGGGGUGGAUUCGAGAUACGUAACUGGAUUUCCAAUUCGUCACGAGUCAUGGAACGUGUGCAGACCAUCACUGAAACGGAAAAGAGUUUCAACAUGGGUAACGAGUUCAGUGCGGAAAAGGUGCUUGGUAUGUGGUGGGACACCCUUACGGAUACCUUUUCGUUUCGGCUGUCCAAGAAGUACGAUCAGGGCAUCCUGUCUGGAGGACAACUUCCAACGAAGCGAGUGGUGUUGCGGACGCUAAUGAGCAUUUACGAUCCGAUGGGACUGGUGGGACAGUUCCUUAUGUUCCUGAAAAUGUUGCUGCAGGAAAUUUGGAGAAGUGGUUAUGAUUGGGAUCGUGAAAUCGACGGCCACAUUGCGGAAAAGUGGUUUACCUGGCUGAAAGUAUUGGCGAAAAUUCCGCAAGUGACGAUCCCUAGAUGUUACCGUCGUGUCACCUCUACCAGCGCUAAGAUCGAGCUACAUAUUUUUUGUGAUGCGAGCGAGCACGGCAUGGCUGCCGUGGCUUACUUCAGACUCGAGUUGCAAGCAGCAGUACUAGGCGCGCGACUGAGCAAGGCGAUCAUCCGAUCACACCGUCUGGAGAUUCAUCGCACCACGUAUUGGACGGACUCAAAAAACGUUGUCAGCUGGCUAAAUUCCGAUCACCGACGCUAUCAUCAAUUUGUCGCCUUUCGGAUCGGAGAGUUGCUUGAGACGACAGACGUGCAACAAUGGCGAUGGCUACCGACGAAGUACAAUGUAGCGGAUGAUGGAACCAAGUGGGUGAAAACCCCCGAUCUGUCACCCGGCAGCCGUUGGUUUCGAGGUCCUUCUUUCCUGUGGGAACCUGAGUGCGAGUGGCCCGCGGCGGUGGAAGCUGUUCACGACACAACUGAAGAGCUUCGGGUAAGCGCGUGCCACCAUCAAACUGUCGACAAGGGUGUCGAAGCAGGUGGGUUCAUCCAGUUUGAGCGAUUCAGCAAGUGGAGAAGGCUUUUACGAGCCGUUGCACAUGCUAUCCGCUUCAUUUCUAACGUCCAGAACAGCAUCCGUGGAACAACGAAACAACUGGGACCCCUGACGCAACCAGAACUGGCCGAAGCAGAACUGAUUGUGUUCAGAUCGAUCCAGCAGGAGAGCUACCCCGAAGAGAUCCGAUGCCUGCGACAAGACGAAAGGAAACACCCGUGGCAGACAGGCAUCAAGAAAGAGAGUCCACUGUUUAAGCUAUCACCCGUCCUUGACGAUAGCGGCGUAAUAGUGAUGGGUGGACGACGCGUCGAAAAAAGAUGGGGUGUCAUCUUCACGUGCCUCACCGUUCGAGCGGUGCACCUAGAGGUAGCGCACACCCUUAGUACCGGAUCGUGUAUCGCUGCUGUUCGCCGAUUCAUCGCCCGGCGCGGCGUUCCCCGCGAGAUCAUCAGCGAUUGCGGGACGAACUUCGUGGGAACAGCACGAGAGCUACGGGACGCGAUUGCCGGUGUGGACCACGAGGCGCUCAUGACAGAGUUCUGCAGUCCGGAACUGAAGUGGACGUUCAAUCCACCGGGAGCACCACACUUCGGAGGCUGCUGGGAGCGUUUGGUGCGAUCGGUGAAGAAGGUGCUUGGACAUCUUAACCUUCCCCGCCGACCGACUGACGAGGUGCUCGAGACUGCGCUGGCUGAGAUCGAGCUGAUCCUAAACUCCCGGCCUCUUACGUACGUUCCGGUAGAUGACGCAACGCAGCAGCCUCUUACGCCAAACCAGAUCCUGCUUGGAACAGCAGACGGAAGCAAGCCACCUGUGGCUUACAGCAGCGGCAGCGAUGCGGUCAACUCGUCCUGGAAAGCAGCACAGCAUAUUGCGGAUCUGUUCUGGAAAGCAUAUGGAGGAGGUGGAGGCGUGGAGGACAUACUAAGGAUCAAGAUGGGCCAUCACACAAACGCCUAA